GCUGCAACCGCACUCGUGUAAAGUUGGCAAGCAAUCUAGUCCGAUGGUCCGGCAAACCCGCCUUACCUUGUAUUUGUCGUACAAGCCGCUUUAAUCGGGCUAAGUAAACUCUUCUUGUGAUGGUGGGUGUUAUCUGGAUUUGGUUCAUUAAAAGGUGAUCGCGAGGGUUAUCGUGUGUGUAGGCAAGCGGCACUUGCUGUCUGGUAAAUCUGGACGAUGGUCAAACGCGCCAGUGGCGCACGCAACUAAGGUACUACUUGAAGUACGGCAAGAAUCACCACGCACGCAAAGAGGAAACGCUAGUAAAGGCUUAUUAUGGCUCAAACGGAGAACCGGAGAAAGGUGAUCAUAGAUCUGGAUGCUGGCACGGACGACGCCUGGGCGCUGCUGAUGCUGCUGCGAGGUGAGCAACGGUACGGCUAUGAGGUGAUUGCCAUCACGUGCGUGCACGGCAACACGAACGUGGACGACGUGACGAUCAACGUGCUGCGUGUGCUGACCGCCAUCGGACGCACGGACAUACCGGUGUUCAAGGGCGCCCGGGAGCCGUUCAUCACGUCCCCGGUGCCCCGCACCUCCUACUUCCACGGCGUGAACGGGUUCGGCGAUAUUGCGUUCGAGCAGCAGAUUGACCUGGGGCUGGUAAAGCCCGGCCAUGCCGCCCCAGAGCUUUACCGGCUGCUGGCAGCGCACGGUGGCCGCGUGGCACUCAUCUUUGUCGGCCCGCUCACCAACCUGGCGCUCUGCAUCAAGCUACACCCGGAAGUGCUGGAGCUGCUGGGCGCAGACGGUCUGUACGUGAUGGGCGGGAAUCGGCACGGCGUGGGCAACACCACCCGCUCGGCCGAGUUUAACUUCUACGCCGACCCGGAGGCAGCGCACAUCGUUUUCCAGCGGGUGCCCCCGAGCUGCCCCAUCACCGUGCUGCCGUGGGAAACGUGCCUGACGCAGGCGCCCGCCCUUCCGAUGGCCUGGCGUCUGGACGUGCUCGGCGGGGGACCCAGCGUGAACGAGGCGGUCGGCAUGCUGAACGCGAUCGAACGCAAGCUGUACGGUGAGCGGCCAAAUUGGAUGCCGUGCGAUGCUUUCCUGGUGGCGGUGUUUGUCGAUCCCUCCAUCGUGGAGCGCUCCGAGUGGUUUCACGUCGAGAUCGAGCUGCACGGGGCAAUCACACGCGGCCAGAUGGUGCUCGACCAUCUAAAGGCCAGAAACGCGGCCAAGCCGGUGGAGGGCAAACCCAAGGAGAACGUGCGUAUUAUCGAUCGGAUUAAUGACGAUUCCUUCCGCCAGCUGUGCCUUAUGGCCGCGCUGUAAAAUGGUUGCCAUCAGAACCUGUCGAAUAUUGUGAAACACCAAUUAGUUGCUGAUUGUUUUGUUUUUUAAUUGUUUUUCAUAUUUUUCCCACCCGUCGCGUCAGAACAAGUAAAGCUAAAUGUCGUGCAUUGAUAAGUUAGAAACUAAACAUUUAGGAUGAUAGUCAAUAGAAUGUUAAAGGAUUCUAUGCAAAAUAACAAACAACAAUUAAGUAGUCUUCAGAGUGCCUAAUAUAUCAUAAGGAUUGUUUCUCCAAAAAAUAUUCUCGAUUCCAAAGGGAGCAUCAAUUUAACAAACAAAUUUUCGACGUUUUUUGGAAUUUAUUGUAUUCCAUUUUUUUUAUAUACGUAUAUAUAUCAUAGAAACUUCCCUUACGACAAAUUUAAACAGUAGUAUUUUGACAAUUUACUUUUUCUGUGAAACUUAGGCAAGUCAUUGGUGAAGGUGGUGUAGUUCAACACGGAUACAGCCCUGUAUGUGCUAUUUGACGAAUAAACUGUAAUUUUGUGUUCUCUUCUAGA